AGCAUCUGAAGCAAGCUGUUAUUUCUCUUUUUAUUAUGGACAGAUGGGCUUCCAGGGCUCAGAUACGUGGGCAGGGGCAGGAGAUGCUCACACAGGGUGAAGGGGCCACAUUUGGAUCCACUGCACAUCCCAAUAAGUCUGUGUCAGCGAGGGCUCCCUGCUGCAGAGGGGGAGCAAGACCCUGGCUGGGGCAGACACAGGCUUGGACAGAUAAGCAGUGAGAUCCAUCUCCCUCCUUCAGAGGCAUGGGUGAGAAGGGAGAUUUCUCCUUCUCACUGUCUGAGCUUGGAGCUCAGCCUCUAUUCCUCCCGCUGUGCACUAAAGACAACACAAGGAGGAGAGGAACGAGAGAUCGACAGCCAGGGGAGAUUCCUGUUGCUGUUUAGGGCAGACCUCUCUCCAUCUCUUCUUUUGUCUUUCCAUUUUUUUUCCAUCUCUCUCUUUGUCCUUCCUCCACCUGCAAAUCUUUCCCUCAAGCUAAGUCCUCCUCUCCCUUUUGUCCUCAUUCUCCUUGCCUUUUCAGUAAGUGAGGAAUUAAAUAAGCCUCUGUGGAGACAAACCCAGAUAGUAGCUUCUCCCUUGAUUUCCUGGCUAGGAUAUUGAUGCAGUUAAAGAAGAGACACCUCCUAAGGCAUUUACUUUAUAUCAAGUCCAGCAUGCAGCAGGUCAGGGUUUGGAAGCUUCCUUAGAGCCACAUGCAUGCUUGCAAUGCAAGAGCUCACUGAUGGGUCUCAGAGCACCUGCACACCCAGGUACCUGCCACGCAAAUAACCACAAUGAGCACCCUCCAGGCACUGCCCCACAUACUGAACCGAGGAAGGCGGGGUCUGACCAGCACCAAGGGCCCCCCAUCACUCAGAUGAGGCCCACCUGAAAACAGUAAUAAAGAGGGGUAUAGAGUACCAUCCUCAGGGUGUUUGUAUUUAAUGGGUAAUGAAGGAACCUGAAGGUAGUAGGAGCAACUUAAAGAAGGAAGGAUGCAGAGGAAAGGCUUCUUCACUCUACAGGAUGUUCUUGGCUGGGGUUGUCCUUUGGUGCUGGUAUCUUGCAUCUGUGCUGUCAGAGUAAAUAAGCCUCCUCUUGUAAAGGCUGACCUCAAGCUGUGUAGUAAAUUCUGGUGCCAGCCAAACCUGCACUCAGUCACUUGCAGCAGUAUGUUCCUUCUCAGUAUGAUGCUGCUGUAUUGCUUUCACCACAAGCGCCAAAGGCUGUGAGAUGCUUUUCCUUUGGGACUCAAUUCCAGCUGUAUGACCUAGGAUUACAGUUGCUAUGGUGAUAAGACAGUCAGUGAAAGAAGGAGUGAAAGGUUGAAAACACAAUGAAUAGUCAACCCAGAGCACUGGGAGCCCUAGCAAGUAAAAGAAGAAAUGGAUAAUUUUAUUUUCCACUUUGCUCUGCCACCAAGACACAGUAUGGAAGCCAUCGCCAAGUUUGAUUUCACUGCUUCUGGAGAAGACGAGUUGAGUUUCCAAGCUGGGGAUAUGCUGAAGGUUUUGAGCUCCCAGGAAGAGUGGUACAAGGCUGAGCUCAGAAGUCAAGAAGGCUACGUUCCUAAGAACUUCAUUGAUUUUCAUGUUCCCCCCUGGUUUGAUGAGAGGAUAUCCCGCCAUGAAGCAGAGAACCUUCUCAUGAGCAAAGGAGUUGGCUCCUUCAUCGUCCGUGCCAGUCAGAAUUCUCAUGGUGACUUUUCCAUCUCUGUCAGGCAUGAAGAUGAUGUGCAACACUUCAAAGUGAUGAGGGAUUCAAAGGGUAACUAUUACUUGUGGACAGAGAAAUUCCACUCGCUAAACAAGCUCGUGGACUACUACAAGACAAAUUCCAUCUCCAGGCAGAAACAGAUAUUCCUAAGGGACAACAGCCAAGAAGAGAAGGAGAGGCGUGGUGGGAGCCUGGAACGGAUGGGCCGGGAAGGAUUCCACCUAAGUGGAGCAGCUGGAGAAGAUCAUUCUUCUAUAUCCAAGAGAUAUGUCGAGCAUGCUAUCCCCAUACUGCAGCAGCAACAGGAAAGAUACGGUGGGAGUCUGGACAGGAAAGAUGUGCUGCAUGGACUAAGGGAUCACGGCCAAGGAAAUGCAGGAGCUAUGCAACGGAGACACACAGACCCGCUGCACCAGCAGACACCGCGAACGCUAUGGGUCCGUGCCUUGUACGACUUUGAUGCUGUGGAGCAUGAUGAGCUGGGCUUCCGUAGUGGAGACAUCUUAGAGGUCCUGGACAGCUCCAACCCUUCAUGGUGGAAAGGACGUCUGCGUGGGGAACUGGGUCUCUUCCCUGCCAACUACGUCACACCAGUGCUCCUGUGAGGGCACAGUUUGCCCCAGAGGGCCAAGCUGGAGCUGCUCUUCUGACAUGACAAGGGACAGAGAAGGAGUGCAUCUUCCCUGGCCACCAGGACAUACAUUGGUUUUGGUUUUGUCUUAAUUUAUUGGCAACUUAUUUUUUUAAAUGUUGGUAUGAAAGGGAAACCUUUGAAGAAAAUAUUAUUUUUUCCCCCUAUUUUUCACCUUCAUGAAGGGGAGGAGCAAAAAUCCUGGACUGUUCAUUGAGACCUUGCUGGAUCCUCCCUGCCCUGUCACCUCUUUGGCUAACGAUUGAUAACUUCCUGCAACUAGGUUUGUUCUGUGGAAAAGCCCCUCAGAAAAGUCAGACUUCAGGUUCAGUAUUCAGAUGGUCCUACCCCUUCCUUUUGGAAUUCACCCACAAGAAUUAAAUGAUCAUUGGUAAUCCCAUCAAUCCUUCAAGUAGGAAAGGAAAGUGAAGGGGCUUUAGGUUGAGGUUCAAGGCAAUUUGUAUUUUUCUAAAUAGCUUCUGGCUUACCCAUCUCCUACUGUGUGUAUGGACUGUAUGGAUAUACCAGAUGAAGGGAAAGGAUCCUGUGAGCUUCUGUACAAAAAAAAAAAAAAACAGUGGUGAAGGUAUGGGAGGGCAAGAACCUACUUUCUUUGUUGCUUCUGAUAGUCCCGGUCUUCUUUCCACACCCCAUAACAACUUACGCCAUUUUCAAGCUGCUCUCUUAGGUAUCUACACUUCUGCUAGAUAGCCUGGUUAGAGCAGAUCAGGCCAUUCAGCUAAAUUAGUAUCCACUGGAUUGGAUAACAAUUAAUAUCCCUCACUGGUUCAUUUUGUAAAACUGAACUGGGGAGGGGUUAGAGAGAAGAGGUUUUACUGGUUUGGUGGCAGAAGUUCUUUCCCUGAGAACUUGGGGUGUUGAGGAGCACUGUGUACACAACUCUGCCUUACCAGUGGAAUGCCUCAUCCAACAGGUUAAGCUGUUACUUUACCGUAUGCAGAGAAUAAAGUUGUGGCCAUCAAACAGUCUGUUCUAUGUUCCAGUUUCUUUUGGAUAAAAUAGGUUUUCAAAUCAUUGCUGAGUGAAUGCCCAGAUGUCAUAGAAAUAUACUGCAAAUGCACAUUAAAAAUGAACCAAACUCUGUGAAGGAUACACUAUUCAUAACUACUGCUCAGGCAAGUUGAUAUUAAACAAACUGCCUGAAUUUUUCACAACAUGUGGGACCUCAGCAGUCAGCAUGGAAGUGAUGAUUAAUCAUUCUUGAAAAAGAAAGAGAAGGCAAGUGAAAAACUCUAAAAAUAAAUCAGACUCAGCAAUAAAAAAAAUUGUACUUAUCUUUUUCUAGUCCCAGUGGGAGAAAAAUAAUCCGGGAAAUAGGUUCUUUAGGUAAAGUCCAAUUCAGUGUAGUUGGCCUGAACAAAGCUGCCAGCUAGAUAGAGUAUUAGCAGAAAGAACCCAUUUUGAGAGAACUCCACCAGAAUCAGAUUAUUAAUGGGUGAAGUAAAACGAGAAUAUUUAACACAGCAUAUAAACUCUAAAGAGAAUAGAAAACUUCGAAAGACACAUUCAGAGCUUACCUCCAUUGGCUACCAGGGAGGUCCAGGAAAUGGAAAGACACCAUGUGGCUGCCAGGGCUGGACUUGGCCCUGUUCUCUUGCAAAAGCUCUUUUCUGGGCCUUUAGUGUCUUCUUUUGAAGGGAAGUCCAUGAGGCUUCUUUUGGAACGAGAUACCUUAUUAUUUGUGUGAGGAUGUAACCUCAGUGAUUGCAUAGUUUGAAGAGUGUUUUGUUGUGAUUUGCCCUUUUUUAACCUUUAUGUUUGUUAGUUUGAUUUUUGCUAAAGUAGUAACAAAUUUGGAAGAGAGUGUUAACAUUCAGUCAGAGAGACCAGGGGAAAGAUGGAUGCAAAGAAACCAGAGACUAGCAAAGGCAGAAGAGGGAUAAAAAUGAUGAAUCCUUCAUAUUCAGCUCUGACUGAAACAGAAGAAAUGGUGUGUUCACAAUUAUUCCUGUCAUGUCAAAUCAUCUUUCAAUUAAUUCCUUUUUUUUAUUAGUUAUGUUUAAAACUAGAAGCAAUGUCUCCUUUUCCUUUCCUCAGCACUCUAAAGACCCUCUUGGUAGUGAAGAUGCAGUUGCACAAAAUUAAUUGAAGAUAACGCACUUAGCAGUUUGACAGCUCUUCACACAUUUGAAACCCCUUUACAGAGAUUAACUAAUUAAGCAAGUCUAAGUAGUGCAUUGUAAGUACCCCCAUCUUAACUCAUGACUCAUUUGAGGAAGAGGUAAAUUUUCACGUGAUUUUUUUUAAUUGAUGUUUAAGGAAUUAAUACUUAAGGUAAUUAGUAUUAAAGGGCUGCUCGCUAAUUAUGGACAACAUACCAGAACCACAGUAAAAUCAUGAUUUCUCAUUAUGAGCAGCACCUAAUGACAGCAAAAUUACUAGGAGGCGAAAGUAUCAUGGCGUCUGUGAUAACUACACUAGUGCCAUGUUCUGUCCCGCCUUGUGCAGUGGCCAAGCUUUGGUCUGCCAUACCCAGUCUCUGUUGCCUCUGCUGUUGUCCUUGCCUGAUCCCCAGAGCAGAGGCAGUGUUACCUGCAUUUACUGCACAUGCCAGUAGCUGGGAGGCACAGGCGUCAGACGGCAUUUUUGUACCCUCCCACAGUAAAAGUUGUUUUCCUCCCAGCAAAACAACAGCACAAAGAACCCCAACUAUUCCCAAGUCCGUGGAGACUCUGGAUACAAGGGGAGGCAAAGUGGGGAGUUUUGUGGGCAUAGAAGGUGCUGUAGUCACAGGAGAGAGGUUGUUUUCCAUGCCCCAUGCCAUUUUCUUCCUGUGAAAUUCUCUCUCCCAUAAAUUGGGCCACUUAAUACGCAGAGAGAGAGAGAGAGAAAGAGACACUCUCCUCCUCCACCCAUAUAUCCUGUCAACCUUCCAGCUCCUUCUUCCAACAGGUUUUAAUUGUAACACAAUCCUUGUUAAUAUUGUGGUGAUUCACUUACACCUGUGCUGUGAAAGCCUCGGAUUCUAUUGCCUGUGCAGAAGCACAUGUUAGCAACCUAAGACUGGAGCCUUAAGGUGACAGUGUGAUGCACUGAGUUCACCUGAUAUUUACCAGUGUUUUGGAAACCUCUAGAAAAUAUCCCAAGAAGGUCCACUGCAAAACUGAAAAGUGAAGGAAUAAAGAGGGAAUUUUGUUUGUUAUUUGUCUUAAGCAAGAAAGACAGUUCAUGAGAAAAGAGAUUGUAAACAGAGAUAAAAGUAGGAAAAGUAUGUGGGAAGGCAAACAUUAUUAUAACAAAUGAAACAGAGGAAGCUGGACUUGCAUAGGGAAAAAUAAGUUUGAUGAGAACAGCUGAGCUGUGCUUUCUCCUGUCUGAAGUAACUUCUUGCCUAUGUUCUGCUGCAGAUCCAUAUUUUGUCUAAAAAUGUCUCUGUGAUUAAUAAGGCUGAGCUAAAAACAGUAAAUGGAAGUCUCCUGUCAUGCAGAUGAUGUCCAAGCAGUUUUCUGUGCCACAAAAAGAAGGUCUCUCUGUCUUGGUGUACGUGCUUACUGUAACAGCUGUGUUCACUGGAGCACACUGCUGAAACAACGGGAUCACGGCAGGUUCCCAUCUGACUCCUGACAGGGGAAGAGCACCAGGGAGAUGAUCCUCAGGGCUGCCACAAAGUCCACACCUGGUCAGACUGCUGGGCCAGUCUCCUGCACCAGGAAAACAACAAGUUUGUGGGUUGUUGUUGUUAUUUUUUAAAUAGAAAGUACUUCUCAAUUUCAGUGGGCUGUGCAGGAAAUUUGAAGCUUUUCACAGCAGCCAUCUGUUCAUCAUUUUUUCUAUUCAGCAGCACCUCUCAUCCUUCCUCCCCAAUGGGAUCCUGCUGCUGCAGGCUCUUGAAAGGCCAUUUUGCCUUCAGCCCUUGUGGAGAGCAAGCAAGGACGUCAGAAGUGAAAGAUCCAGCAGCCAGGACCACAUAGUCAGGAGAAAUCAGCCCUAAACAGCAAUGUGGUAUCAGUUGGGACAUGUUGCACUGCAGGAGCAACACCCCAGCAGCUGUAGUCCAGCCGCAAGGUGAAGGGUGAUCUCUGAGUAGGAAGCAACAGGUCUUUAGUUAUGUCCAUGUCACAGCACAGGGACAACAAGGAAGUCUGGUGGGACAGAAAUGUGGCCAUCUGGGCUAGGGCUGUGCCAGACUCUUGCUCUGCUUCUGCAGCUCUUUGCCAAGGAGCCUGGGUUACACCAGACUAGGUGUGAGAAUUGUUUGGCAGCGCUGCCCGCCCCUGCCCAAGGCAGCCCCAGAAGCCUCUGUGCACCUCCUUGCAGCUGCAGCCCAUCACCUCACUGCUCCUACAUGCACUAGAAAGCCCAGGGCCCAACUUUUGCCUCCAUGCUGAUAGAAAGUGCUCUGCAGACAUCUCACUUCAAAUACUUGUUCAAAGCAAUUGGCUUAGGUGCUUUUAAAUGAAACCCCAUAGAGAUCAGUUGAACCCAUUAGUGUUCCCUAGAUGAUCCAGGCAGUAACAUUUACUGGUUAAAACGCACUCAUGGACUAAAAAGCUCCUCACACCCAGCCACUCCUUGCUGCUGAAAAUUUUGUAUUUCAAUGGGGAAUGAUGAACUGAGCACGUGAUAAAGCCUUUAAUAGCCCUGAGGAAGAGGGCAGAACAUUGCCAUUUUCUCCAAUUUUUCAGAGGCAACUUUCAUGUGACAGAACUCAGGAGCAUUAAUUCGCAUCAAACACAAAAGAAGCUUCUUACAUUAGCAGAACUGACAGUAGAAAACAGUCAAUGACUUAUCUGUGAGCUACAGGACAGCAGGGCAACAGGCAAGUGAAUAAGGAAAGGUCACCGACCUUUGUGUGGAGAGAAAAUUCAAAGCACAUUGUCUACUGUCAUUGUGCAAGUGAGAGGUGCUUGGCUGGUGUUGAGCUUGCCAACAUGAAAAUGCAAAAUUUCAAAAAUGGCAGGCAUGCAGGGAUCAUUGUAGACAUGCAGAAACAAAAUUAGCUCAGGCAACAAAGGGAGGAAGAAGAAACAAACAAAUUAAAAGAUCUCUAGAUAUCUUGCAGCUUCUCCCCGCUAGUCUAAGCAGGUUCAUUUCCACCAGGGUUUAUAAAAGAUACAGCCAUGGUGAGUUUGUUUGUCAUAAAUGAAAAUGAGAGCAAAGCAGUGGGGAAAAAAAAUGCAGUUUAUGGCGUGAUUGUACACUUAAAGCUAUAAAAUGGUGACAAUGUCCUGAUAUCAUGACUGAAGUUCCAUUCUCUGUUUAAGUGGAGCUUCUGGGAAACCUCUCAGUGAUGUCUACGAUUCAUGCACAUAUACGAAUUUUAUGAUUCUAUAUUCAAACACAGACAAGGAAAAGAAAAAAGAAAAUCCGCAAAAAAAUAUGAGGUACCUUCUCUACUAAUCUAGAGGUCAUUUGCAAACUAUCUUUUAUGUCUUUGCUGUACUGAAUGUGUCAUAACUUCCUUGUGGUACUGACAGUCCCUCUCCCUUGUCAAAUUCCAAGAAGGGUACUACUGCAGUGCCAACAGAUAAUAAUAAACAGCAGAAACCAGUCCUUGGUGACCCUU